AUGGAAGAGUUUGACAUCGCCAAGGCCGACGAAAGCAAGACAGUUAAGUCCAAAGUCAAAUUCACGUUGAUCGCAUUCUUCAAUGUGAAGGGCAUUGUCCACUGCAAGGUCUUGCCACAGGACCAGACGAUUAACCAGCGCACUGUUCAGUGCGCGAGAAGAGACUUCUGCUCCAUCUUGAAGAUCACUGAUCAGUCCAACCAGAACAUCACCUGCAACAUCUUCCGUGAGAAGCUGGAGGACCAUCCCAAAAUCUUUCAAAUCGGAGACAUCGUCCGUAUGCAUAGAGUUAAGGCUCAAGUCUUCAAAGACACCAUCUCGCUUGUCAACGCCUUUGGUUUUUCUGUGGUGACAUUUGACGGGACAGUAGGUGGAGCUGUGGAACCACGAACAUCUAGCAGCUAUUUCCACUUUGACCAGGAGGACCGACAGAGAGUGGAGGAGCUGCGAUCCUGGGCCUCAAGCCAGGCCCUCCUCCCCCCAGUCUCUGCUUCAAUCCCCUUGUCUGCUGUGCAGCCCAGAUCUUACUUUGACCUAACCUGUCAAGUGCUGGCCAAAGCCCCCAUCGACUCCACCUGCAUCCUGCUGAGGGUGUGGGACGGGACCAGGUGUCCUCACCCUCUGUUGAAAGUAGUUGUAGAGCCAAAUGUAACAGAAGGACCGUCCUCCUUCUCCAGGGAGAAAGAGAACCUCAUCGCCAACAUCCUUGUCUACGACAAUCAUGUGGAUUGUGCCAGGCAACUGAAGCCCGGGGCCUUCUUGAGGAUCUACAACCUGCGAGUAAUCCCAGGAUCCAGUAGAGUCCCGGGCCUCUCCAGCAGCCAAUCAGUGGAAGGGGAUCACCUGGCUUUUUACCUGCAUGGAGGAACCUCAUUUGGCAGAGGGAUCCGCGUUCUCCCAGAAAACUGCCCUGACGUACAAGAGCUGAAGAGAGUCAUGGAGGCCUUCUCAGAGGAUGAUGAACUGUCUGACCUGGAUGACUCAGCGCUGUUGGAGGUCUGGAGCACUCCACCAGAGACGGCGGAUGGUGAAGCAGUGCAGUGCAGCACAGAGAGGAGCUGCAGUCACGACAUGCAGCUGGGGACUCUGUCUGAGCUGAAGCAGUGUGAAUUGGGUCGAGUUCACCACGUCAGAGCCCAGCUGAGGUCCUAUGAACCCCGCAGACUCUACCAGGCUCUGAAACUCUACUGCAGCAAGUGUACAUCAAUGCAGGAAAUCCCAGAUGAUGACCUGGUAAGAGGUAUCUUCUCUGAGGCAUCGAGUGACUCUGAACCCUUCAGCGCCCCGCCGUGGGCGCUCUCUGGACAGGUCAACCUCGCCACAAACUCCCCGGGAACCCCAGACCGAGCUCUGAGAGUUCAUCUUUCCACAGAGCUCAUGGCUGAGGGCAAAACCAAGGAGCUCAUCUUCCUCAUGGGUGCGACUUUGGAGGAAACGUGUCAACUAGCAGCCGGCUACCAGAACAUCGUCCCAGUGAGGUCAUCGGGAGGUCAGAUGACUCUGCUUGACCUGUCGGCACCUUUUCUGUUCAGAGGCAGGAAGAGAUACUACGGGUGUAAGCGGUGCUCUGAGGCUGCAGUGAGGGAGCCGAGUGCUGAGGGAGUCGAGGUGAUCGAUGAGAAGAUUGUUGCAGAAGCUCUCGGCGUUCAGCUGCUGCAGUUCGUCCUGCUGAUGAAGCUGGAGCUGCAGGAUGCUACUGACACCCUGGAGGUCUUCCUGUGGAGACACGCUGAGUCGUUCUUCAACGUUUCUGCAGAAGACGCAGCAGCCAGUGAAGAGGCUCAGAACAGCAUCUGUCAAACCAUGGAGUCCCUCUGUCCGGCAGGAGGCAGCAUGGGCCAACGUCCGUGGCUCGACGUGUGUCUGACGGCAUACCGAGUGGAGGAUGAUGGGGGACGGAAUCAGACCUGCUACCAGAUCUGUCACACCACCGUCAUCAAACCCCCCUCCACACAGUCGGACCCUGACCCCGCCUGAACCGCCUCCGUCUGCAGGGUCAAAGGUCACCAGUAAGCCAAAGACAAAACCAGUUUACACCAGUCGCAGUGUUGAUCAUUUCUUAUUUGUAUUUAUUGUGUAAAUGUGCAUAAAAGUAAGACAUGAAUGUUCCUGUACAACUCACAUAAUGACUCUAAAUAAAAGAAUAAAACAAUAA